AAAAAAGAUGGCGUAUAAGCUAAGAAUAAUUGUUGGCCUAAGAAGCGGCGCGGGAAAUUGUGGACGGCGAUCCACCGUGUGCGACAUUUACAGCCCCAAUCGCUCGCCAUGCUUCAGCCUUAUGUCUCCCAUCUCUAUCCUCUUUUUCCUCCUCCGUCGUCAUCUGCCACUCAUCUGCGACUCCGCCGGAGUGCAAUCUUUUGCCGCUCCAUCGAAACCGGAUCUUCCGGCGGGUCAUUAAUUGCGUCAGUUUCAUCCUCCGAGCUUCCCAAAGUCGUCGUCACCAGAGAACGCGGCAAGAAUGGCAAGCUCAUCAAAGCUCUGGCAAUGCAUGGGAUUGAUAGUCUAGAGCUUCCUCUCAUUCAACACACAAAUCUUUCCGAUUUUGAUACGCUUCCUUCAGUGUUGAGGCAAAACAACUUUGACUGGAUUGUUAUCACUUCACCAGAGGCGGGUCUAGUUUUCCUGGAUGCUUGGAAGGUUGCCGGAACCCCAAAUGUCAGAGUUGCUGUCAUUGGGGUGGGUACAGCUAGCAUAUUUGAUAAAGUUACUCGCUCAUCAAAGCAGUAUCUUGAUGUUGCUUUUGCUCCAUCCCAAGCAACUGGUAGGGUCUUAGCUGCAGAACUUCCUAAGCAAGAGAAAAAAAGAUGUACUGUUCUUUAUCCUGCUUCAGCAAAAGCCAGUGGUGAGAUUGAAGAAGGCCUUUCAAAGCGUGGAUUUGAUGUUACAAGGAUGAAUACCUACAAUACGGAACCAGUACAACACAUUGAUGACGAGCUUCUUAAAACAGCCCUGUGUGCCCCUGUUGUUGCUGUGGCGUCACCUUCUGCCAUUUAUGCAUGGUCAAAUAUCAUUCCAUCAAUGGAGGAGUGGGGAAAUGCUGUAGCAUGCAUAGGUGAAACAACUGCUUUGGCAGCUAAAAGACUUGGACUAAGAAAUGUCUACUAUCCCAAAAAUCCUGGUGUUGAUGGGUGGGUUGAUAGCAUUCUCGAGGCCUUGGGCGUGCUUGAGAAAGUCCAAAAUGUAUAAGAAAUGAAUUUAAUGUUGCAUCUUCUAUUCUUCUUUGUUAUCCUAGAUUUUCAUGUUGCAGAUGUUAAUAUGGAAGGGAUUUUCUUCAAAGAGGUAAUAUAGUUGGCAAGUUGCAUGCAUCUGCUGGGAGUUGCGUAUGUUUUAAGAUAUCUUCAGGUGUUGUACAUGGAUAAUUCAGCUAGUGUUUUCUUCUGUCCACAAGUGUAAAUAUCCCGACUGUUGUGAUUUGUAAUAGAGUUAUAUUGCAGGUUUCACCACGUACUGUCUACUAUUAAAUGGAUUUCAUUCGUCUUUUCUGUGAGUACUUACGGUUUGGUUCUCAUACUCGCCAGAUAUACUUUUCUUCAAAUGUGAAUUCAGAUUGAGAAGCUGUUUUGAUGGUGAUCCCAAUCUUUGGUAAAUUGGUUUAACACAACAUUUUGUGGAGUCUCAAGUAUAGUUUAGAAAUUGGAUAUUGGGAACAUCAAGUUGCAUAACCUCAUGUCUGUUCUAACAAAAUUCCGAUGCAUCACACUUGAUGUCACGGGCACACUGAUAGCUUACAAGGGAGAACUAGGCGACUACUAUUGCAUGGCAGCGAAAGCUGUUGGACUUCCGUGUCCUGACUAUAAAAGAGUGCAUGAGGGCUUUAAACAUGGAUAUACUGAUAUGGCUAGAAAAUAUCCCUGUUUUGGGUUUGCAGAAAAGAUGCCUAACAUUCUCUGGUGGAAGACUUGUGUCCGAGAUUCAUUUGUGAAGGCAGGAUAUGAUUAUGAUGAGGAGACAUUUGAAAAGAUCUUUAAACGCAUAUAUGCAACUUUUGGUUCUGCUGCACCUUACACUAUAUUCCCGGAUUCUCAACCAUUCCUUAGGUGGCUUCGUUCUACUGGUGUUACAGUUGGGCUUGUUAGCAAUGCUGAAUAUCGGUAUCGGGAUGUAAUCCUUCCAGCCCUAGGCUUGAAUAAGGGAUCUGAGUGGGAUUUUGGAGUAUUCUCUGGCCUAGAAGGUGUAGAAAAACCAGAUCCAAAGAUAUAUAAGAUUGCAUUGGAGAGAGCUGGAAAUGUUGCUCCAGAAGAAGUUCUUCACAUAGGAGACAGCAUCAGGAAAGACAUUAUUCCUGCAAGGAGUGUGGGGAUGCAUACGAUAUUGCUUGACCGGUUCAAGACAUCUGAUGCUGAAAAUUGGAGGAAAUCUGGAGAGACUGUGCUACCGGACCUUAACGCAGUAAAAGAUUGGCUCACUUCUCACAGUGAUUCCAUCCCUAAGUAAGUAGCUGGUUGCCGACACAAGUGCUCGAAAUUAUUAUAUACUCUCUUCAUUUCAAUGCAUUCAUGUGGAGAAGAGGAAUCAUGUAGAUCGGCUGAAUCUCUGUUGUAUUUGACUAUUUGCGUGAUGCAAAGAAAAUGAAUUUGACAUUUAAUGAAUUUUGUUCAGAUACAUGUACAUGUUGCCAUUAUGUCGCUUAAUAGUGUUUCUUCUGUGUUUUUUCAUUCUUGUGGGUAACAAGUAUUUAAAGACCAAUCAACAACAACAAAUAUGUAUGUACAUAUAAUCCCACAUUUAAAAUUUUAAAUUAAUCAUCAUUAUAACAUGAUCAACUUCUAGAAUAAGAACCAAUUACUUAUUGGGAAGAAAGGAUAAGCAAACUUCUCAUAGGAAAAAACACCUUUUUGGAAGGGUCAAUCUUC